UCGGUCGGGCCAGCAAGCACGUCCUACUCGCGGCCCUCGUCAGAAAGAUCCCCCAGCCAAGGCUGGCAGGUCGACCGCCACAAAGCCUGCCACUGGCAAGAAAGCUGACACCGCCAAAGCAGGCACGGCUAAGCGCGACGAGAAGAAGAAAAAAGAUAAGGAUGGCAAGAAGGAGGAAGGCGGAGAAGAGGAAGAGAAGGAGCGCAUAUUCGAGGGCCUGGGCUACGAGCGCGACCUGGUAGAAACCGUGCAGCGCGACAUCGUGCAGGCAAAUCCCAACAUCCGCUGGACGGACAUCGCUGAUCUGCAGAACGCCAAACGUUUGCUCGAAGAAGCAGUUGUCUUGCCCAUGCUCAUGCCGGACUUCUUUAAGGGCAUCAGGCGCCCUUGGAAGGGAGUACUGAUGGUUGGGCCACCUGGCACCGGCAAGACAAUGCUGGCUAAAGCCGUCGCCACAGAAUGUGGCACAACUUUCUUUAAUGUAUCUUCGUCCACACUCACCUCCAAGUACAGGGGCGAGAGCGAAAAGCUCGUCAGGCUUCUCUUUGAGCUGGCUCGUUUUCACGCUCCCUCAACCAUCUUCAUCGACGAGAUCGACUCGCUGUGCUCGCGCCGAGGCUCCGAGUCUGAACACGAGGCCUCGCGACGCGUCAAGAGCGAGCUGCUCGUACAGAUGGACGGCAUCCAAGCCAACGAAGAGGAGCCCAAGGUGGUGAUGGUGCUCGCUGCUACUAACUUCCCCUGGGACAUUGACGAGGCGCUCAGGCGGCGGCUCGAGAAGCGCAUCUACAUUCCGCUGCCUACAGCUGAGGGGCGUGAAGCACUCCUCAAAAUCAACCUGCGCGACGUGACCACGGAUGAAGACGUCGAUCUGACCGCUGUGGCAGCCAUGUUAGACGGCUAUUCUGGCGCUGACAUCACCAAUGUCUGCAGAGACGCUUCCAUGAUGUCGAUGCGCCGCAAGAUAGCAGGUCUCCGGCCCGAACAAAUCAAGGUGCUGCCCAAGGAGGAGCUCGACUUGCCGGUUACAGCUAACGACUUCAGGGAAGCCAUCAAAAAGUGCAACAAGAGUGUCUCGAAGCAGGACCUCGAGAAAUACUUGGCAUGGAUGAAAGAGUUUGGCUCUACAUAAAUGAGCUGUUCCUCGUGAAUAAUAUCUCAUUAUUCAAGUACUAAUUGCCUUGCACCAAAAACGUGAUCUAAAUCUGAAAUUGAUUACGGCAUGCCUCGCACUCUUACUAAAGCUUCACAGUUUAAUAUAGUCGAGUGAAGUAGAACCCACUAACUUUAUAGGAAUGCGGGCAAAUAAGUCGUUGGUACAAUACGUGCAUUCCGACCAGCAGACAGCUGUAGGCCGAACCACUGCGGGCGGCAGCUAUCAAUCGUGGCACGGGCCCACAAACUGGCAUGUGUGGAGCAGGGAUAAGUUUAGUUUAUUCGAUUCACAAGUACUAAUUUCUAUUGUUCAAGCCCGACCACUCACAACGUCCUAACGUAAACGGGCUGUUUUCAAUUAUGUGUGCAAUAAUCAUUCUCGCCUUUCCUAUGCCUAGUCGCUAUCUGCAUCUUUUUUAACACUUUCGCACAAAAUAGCAGUUAUACAUACUAUAUAGAAGUAUUAAUUCUAUUAACACUACAUGUACGAUUUGUCUCUAAGCGAACCAUGCACAUAUUGUAAAACGAGAAUUUUCUCUUGAUUCAUGUAUUCGCGUAUCGUCUCGGAAUAAAAUAUAACGUUUCGAAUAAAA